CUGGCCUGCAGACGCCAGCACCCGCGCUGGCUGCGGUCCGCUCUGCACGGGAGAUGGCGCUGCGGAGAGGACUGGAGGCCCUCCUGGCACUGCUGCUCUCCUGGGCGGCACUGGGUCCCUGUGGCCUGGAGGGGGCAGAGCCGGGCGCCCCGGAGGACCCGGAGAGCCUGGGGUGCCCGGCCGCCUGCGCCUGCAGCCUGGACGACUACACGGGCGAGCUCAGUGUCUUCUGCAGCGCCAGGAACCUCACCCGGCUGCCUGACGGCAUCCCGGAGGGCGCCAAGGCCCUGUGGCUGGACGGCAACAACCUCUCCUCCAUCCCCCCCGCGGCCUUCCGGAACCUGUCUGGCCUGGACUUCCUCAACCUGCAGGGCAGCCAGCUGAGCCGCCUGGAGCCGCAGGCGCUGCUGGGCCUGCGCAGCCUGUACCACCUGCACCUGGAGAGGAACCGGCUGCGGACCCUGGCCGCCGGGGUGUUCGCACACACGCCCAGCCUGGCCUCCCUCAGCCUCGGCAACAACCUCCUGGCCCGGCUGGACGAGGGCCUCUUCCGGGGCCUGGCCCAGCUCUGGGACCUGCACCUGGGCUGGAACAGCCUGGUGGUGCUGCCCGACGCCGUGUUCCAGGGCCUGGGCAACCUGCACGAGCUGGUGCUGGCGGGUAACAGGCUGGCCUACCUGCAGCCGGCGCUCUUCUGCGGCCUGGCCGAGCUGCGCGAGCUGGACCUGAGCAGGAACGCGCUGCGCAGCGUCAAGGCCAACGUCUUCGUGCAGCUCCCCCGGCUCCAGAAGCUCUACCUGGACCGCAACCUCAUCGCCGCCGUGGCCCCCGGGGCCUUCCUGGGCCUGAAGGCCCUGCGCUGGCUGGACCUCUCCCACAACCGCCUGGCCGGCCCGCUGGAAGACGCCUUCCCGGGCCUGCUGGGCCUACGCGUCCUGCGCCUGGCGCACAAUGCCAUCGCAGGCCUCCGGCCCCGCACCUUCCAGGACCUGCACUUCCUGGAGGAGCUGCGGCUCGGCCACAACCGCAUCCACCACCUGGUGGAGAAGACGUUCGAGGGCCUGGGGCAGCUGGAGGUGCUGGCGCUCAACGACAACCAGAUCCAGGAGGUGAAGGUGGGCGCGUUCCUGGGCCUCGUCAACGUGGCUGUCAUGAACCUCUCGGGUAACUGUCUGCGUGGCCUCCCGGAGCAGGUGUUCCGGGGCCUGGGCCGGCUGCACAGCCUGCACCUGGGGAGCAGCUGCCUGGGCCGCGUCCGCCAGCACACCUUUGCAGGCCUGGGCGGGCUGCGCCGGCUCUUUCUCAGGGACAACGGCAUCUCCAGCAUCCACGAGCAGAGCCUGGCCGCGCUGCCAGAGCUCCUGGAGCUGGACCUCACGUCCAACCAGCUCACGCACCUGCCCCCUCGCCUCUUCCAGGGCCUCGGCCAGCUGGAGUACCUGCUGCUCUCCCACAACCGGCUGGCCUCGCUGGCCCCGGGCCUCCUGAGCCCCCUGCAGCGGGCUUUCUGGCUGGAUCUCUCGCACAACCGCCUGGAGGCCCUGGCUGAGGGCGCCCUCUCCCCGCUGGGGCGCCUGAGCUACCUCAGCCUGAGGAACAACUCCCUGCACACGUUCGUGCCGCAGCCGCGCGGCCUGGAGCGCCUGUGGCUGGAGGGCAACCCCUGGGAGUGCGGCUGCCCCCUCAGGGCGCUGCGAGACUUCGCCCUGAGCAAGCCGGCCGUGGUGCCCCGCUCCGUGCAGGCCAGGUGCGAGGGGGGCGACUGCCAGCCCGCAUACACCCACAACAACAUCACCUGCGCCGGCCCUGCAGGCGUGGCGGGCCUGGACCUGCGGGACGUCCCCCAGGAGCACUUCGCACACUGCUGACCGCGGUCCCUGCACGGCCCGGCCCACGCUCUUCACCCACAGGGGACAGACGGUCCUGGCAGCUGGGCUCCGCAGUGGGCAGGGGGCGCUGGGUGUGGGCACAGGGCAGGGCGUGGGCAGGUGCCCAGAGCUCCGCGGGGAAACAUUAAAGCGUACGAGAACCACGGCAUGUGACGGCCAGCCACACUGAGGG